AACUCCCGCCUCCGGUCCAUGUUCUCUCUCCACCCAUUAUCGCCAAUCCUGCUCAUGAUUGAUGCAGGUGCACAUACAGAAUGCCAGUCCAAAGGCGCGAACAGGCGGGUCCUCCCUUGCCAGCAGCCACGGCCAUCACAGCUCAUGGCUCGCUUAAUUCCAAGCUAAUUCACCAUUACGGCAAAAGUCUUCUGUGAUAUACAGGAACGCGGGCUUGGAACCAUUGUCUUUGCCGCGUGCGUGAUGACCGAGAGAAGAUUUUCCCUGCCGUACCUUUGAGCCGGCGACGGCUUUACGCAGCGAAAACAACUAGUAUAAGACCCCAAGCUACCAGCUCGUUGCGAGACGGUAGCGUUUGCCACCUGCUUCUUCGCAUCUUCGGCGCUUUCUACGCAUUCUCAGCUGAAUCUUCCAGACUCAAUCUCAACAUGUUGACCACAUCACUUGCUCUACUUGCCCUUUCGGCCGUCACAGAGGCGCAUUUCCGUCUUAGCUACCCUUACUGGCGAGGCGACUCCUUCGCCGAAGGACGUUCUCAGUGGUCGUGGCCAUGUGCGAACGUCAGCCAGGAGAACAGUAGCACCAACCGCACACAAUGGCCGCUAGAAGGCGGCUCUCUUGUCUACUCUUCGUCGCACGAGUGGGUGCAAACCUAUGUCAAUCUCGGUCUCGGCGACGAAGUGACUGGCUUCAAUGUAUCCCUCAUCGCUGCAUGGAAUGCAACCGGCAACGGGACCGUGUGCUUCCCCCACAUCGGCGCAGCAGAGCUUGCGAGAUUGAAUCUGACUGAGGGUCAAACCGCGAGCUUGCAAGUAGUCAACGUGAAUGCAAAAGGAAAUGCGCUCUACAACUGUGCUGACAUUGUCUUUACCGCAAACGCUACCGUCCUCUCUGGCGACGCGUGCCAGAAUUCGACCGGCAUCGGUGGCUACUAUCUCACAGACUCAGCUUCGUCAUCUGGACAUGCAGAGUCUAGCAAUUCGACCGCGUCGUCCUCGGCUGCCGCAUCGAGCUCAACCUCUUCCUCGAGUGCCAGCUCGAACAGGCUUGGCGUCGCGGCUCUAGUCGGAGGUGCGGCAGUAGCUUUUGGUGCCUUGAUUGUUUGAGACUCAUGUUAGUGUAAAUAAUGAGCGUGCUUAGGAAAGCUGGUCGCACUGUAAUGUAAUCUAGUGUGUUGCGCUUAGACAAGGCUGAACAGUCACGUGUGGCGACCUGCGUAGAACAUUGACCGGGCGCAAUUGCCACAGCAGCGGUGGAUAUGAGCUUGUUAAGCGUUGUACACCAUCUCAAAUAUCGACAACAUCCUGCCUGACUAUUCUUAAAACACUCACUGAACGCGAUACAGCCAAAAUUCUUAUGCCGAUCACGUGCGCUCAUUCUGACCGGUGACAAAACU